UCCCAGAACACCAGGACACUGCUGUGGAUGAGGGUGACCUUGAGCUCAUGGAGAUCCACCUGCUUUUGCCUCCCGAAGGCUGUUAUUAAAGCCUCCUAAACAACAUGGAGUCCACAAACCAAACAGGUGCAAUAGAAUUCCUGCUCUUGGGUCUUUCAGAUGACCCAGAACUGCAGCCCCUCCUCUUUGGACAGUUCCUGUUCAUGUAUUUGGUCACAGUUCUUGGCAACUUUCUUAUCAUCCUGGCCAUCAAGUCAGAUACUCAUCUUCACACACCCAUGUACUUCUUUCUCUCCAACCUGUCCUUGGCUGACAUCUGUAUAAGCUCAACCACUAUCCCAAAGAUGCUGGUGAACAUCCAAACACGGGAUCAAAGGAUAACGUACACAGGUUGCCUCACUCAGGCUUGCUUUGUCCUGCUUUUUGCUGGUGUAGAAAAUUGUCUCCUUGCAGCAAUGGCCUAUGACCGCUAUGUGGCCAUUUGUCACCCCCUGAGGUAUAGAGUCAUCAUGAAUUCCCACUUAUGUGUUUUGCUCAUUCUAUUCUCCCUGCUGAUUAGCAUCCUUAAUGCACUACUACUGAGUCUGAUGGUGCUACAGCUGUCCUUCUGCACAAAUGUGAAAAUCCCUCACUUCUUCUGUGAACUUGCUCAGGUUAUCAAGCUUGCAUGUUCUGAUACCCACAUCAAUAACAUACUAAUAUAUAUUGCAGCUUUCAUAUUUGGUGGUAUUCCUUUCUUUGGAAUUAUUCUGUCUUAUAUUGAAAUUGUGUCCUCUGUUUUGAAAAUACCAUCAGUGCAAGGAAGGUAUAAAGUCUUUUCCACCUGUGGGUCUCACCUGUCAGUUGUUUCCUUGUUCUAUGGGACAGGUUUAGGGGUAUACAUCAGUUCUUCAGUGACUGAUUCUCCCAGGAAGACAGCAGUGGCUUCAGUGAUGUAUUCUCUAGUCACUCAGAUGCUGAACCCACUUAUCUAUAGCCUUCGGAACAGGCAUAUGAAAGAUGCCUUGUGGAAACUUGCUGGUAAGGUGGCUUGUCAUCUAUAAUGUGAAACAUUUUGAUAUGCAUAUUUUGUAUUAUCUUUGAGACAGGGUCUCCCUGUAGCCCCAUCUGACAUGGAACUAGCAAAAUUGACCAGGUUACCAUUGAACUGACUGCCUCUGCCUCCCAGCACUCAAUGGAUAUUGAUCUCUUUUGUAAAGUUAAGUCACAGUGCCAGGAUUCACAGGGCUCCA